GCCGCCGCGUUGCCGGGUCGAUGCGAUUCCUCAGCUGCGCCGCGUCCGCCGCGCUUGUCAGUAUCCUCCAAGUCACCCUUGCAGCAUCGUCCCCAUCGACGCCUCAGUUCCAUCUCAGCCUCGUGGGCGAUGGAAGCGGGGAUUUCAUGCUGGACUGGGUCACGAGUGUCGACGACAAGACAUCGUCAGUGUUUUAUGGCGGCUCCAAGGACAACCUGGCGAAGAAGGCAGAGGGCACAUCUGCGGGCAACGUUGUUGUGACCCCGUCUCUGUCGGUGCAGUGCUGGAGCGCCCGGUUGUCCGGCCUCGCCGCGCUCGGCCCCGUCGUUCACUACGACCUCUCUGCAACUGGCGGGAGCAGCGCCAAGUCGUUUGUCGUGCCUGGCGGAGCAGGAACGUCUAUGACAUGGGCUAUCUUUGGAGACAUGGGCUCCAUUGCGCUGAAGAAGGCGUCUGGCAUCACGCUGCCAGCACUAACGUCCGAGUUGGCAGCCAAGGCGUACCAAGGCAUCCUCAACCUCGGCGAUCUCUCGUACGAACUGGUUGAAAACGCCGGCGAUGUCUACAUGCAACAGCUUGAACCGCUCACUUCCGUCGUUCCCAUGCACACGACCAUUGGCAACCACGAGAUGCAGUACACGAUAUUCGGCGCUCUGCCAAAUUACAUUCGGCGGUUCUCCGGACAGGCUGCGGGCGCCGGGCGGGCCAGCGGGACGUGGUCCAGCCGAUUCUACAGCUUCAACGCUGGCUAUGUGCAUUUUGCCGUGAUCGAUACGGAAGUGUAUGGCGACCAAGCGUUCAUGACUCAAGGCGCCGACGGGUACUGGUCUGCGUCUGAAGCGGCGCGGAGUCAAAUGCAGCAAGACCAGCGCGACUGGCUAGAGUACGACUUGAGCCGCGUGAAGCGGAAGGAUACACCAUUCGUUGUCCUGUGCGGCCACCGCCCCCCCAGCAAGAUCCCCAAUGCCAUAACCAAACCCGGCAACCAAUUCGCUGCCCAAUUGCUACCUCUCAUCGACCAGUACAAUGUGGACGUGAUGUUCUUUGGCCACGAGCACGCGUACUACAGCGUCGAAGCGUCCAUCGUUGGCAAGUACAAGCUCCCGCCUUUCAUCAUCUCGGGCGCGGCCGGCAACAACGAGUUCAUUCGACCGGUCUCGAUGGUGUCCAUGGACCCCGUCUUUAAAGUCCGCAAAAACAUCAACGAGUACGGUUUUGGGUACCUCAAAGCAACGGCAGACAAGCUCACGUGGACGUGGGGUCAAGCCGCGACGAGCUCCCCAAACGGAGCCUCCCCCACGAGCACGAGCUGGACGUUGGCAGACACGAUCGAGUUUUUAAAGAAAGAUGUCGCCGAUCCGACCCCCGCUGGCAAGCCCGUGUCACCCCCGGCCACCCCUGGCGCCUCAAACGCUACGGAAACCUCAGGUAGUAUCGUUCAUGGCGGAUCAACUACAAUGCCUUCAUCUGACAGCUCGAAGACGACCCUGGCACCGUCAGGGCAGGGAGGCUCCACGGCCCCCGCCGCAAGUUUCGCUCACCAGGGAGCCCUAUUCUUUGCUGUCGCCAUGGUGGCAGCCUCCGUGUUGGCAACAGCAUAACAUUGCAAUCUCGAAUUUGAGCAGUUAGAAUACAAAUAGUACCGAGUGUAUAAGGCGUUGAUUUGACAUUUUUGUGAGCCCGAA